GACGACGGCCUGUACCGCGGCAUGAACAGCUACAAAGACUUCCGGGCCGGCUUCCGCCGCGAGCACACGGUGGGGGCGGAGAAGGGCAGCGGCUCGCACGGCCCGCUGCGCGCCUCCACCAACGUGCGCAUGACGGUGCGCUUUGACUACCAGCCAGACAUCUGCAAGGACUACAAGGAGACGGGGUACUGCGGAUACGGAGACGCCUGCAAGUUCAUGCACGACAGAGGGGACUACAAGGCCGGGUGGGAGAUUGACCGGGACUGGGAUACACAGCAGAAGGAGAAGCGGGAGCGCUUGCUGGCAGGGUGGAAGCCAGAGGAUGAGGAAGAGGAGGCAAAGGACUCAGAGGAGGACGACGAGCUGCCCUUUGCCUGCCUCAUCUGCCGGCGGCCGUGGGCCGAGGCGCAGGACCCCGUGGUCACCCGCUGCAAGCACUACUUCUGCGAGCAGUGCGCCCUGCAGCACAACGCCAAGACGCCAAAGUGCUUUGCCUGCGAGCAGCCCACGGGGGGCAUCUUCAACGUCGCGCACGAAAUUGUGAGGCGGGAGAAGGCGCGGCAGCGCAAGGAGGCAGGCGACGACUGACGUGCGCCCAGACCCCCGCCAGUUGUACUCCUGCUCUCCUGACUUGUCGCUCUCCGCCCUCCUGCUCUGCUCAUCUGCUCCUCUUCGUCAUGAACUGCCCUGACUGCACCAUAUCUGUUACCAUUCCGCUCCCCUAAAUUCUCGGCAAUCACACAAUGUUG